UCUUUCUGUCUCCUAAAGAUGUGUAAAGGUCCUAUUGGUGGUGGCGCAAACUGGGGAGACACACCAGACCAGGAUGUCCUUAAUAUGCUGGGUUCUGACAAUCUGAGCCGUCUGAAGAGGCUGCAGGAAAGAUUUGUUGUUCCUCAGAGCAUCAGAGGACCUUGUCCACCCCCUUCAUUCCCGGGGUGCCAGCAAUUCUUCAGGGACUUCAUCCUCAGCGCCGGAAGUUACCAGUUCAAUCAGCACCUGAUGGAUAGUCUGUGCCUGAAGAUACUUGAACUGAAUGGCCUUACUCUGGUGGAGCAUGAGCACAGUGAUGGGGAAGCAGAUAUGGAUGAACAGGAUGAAAAGAAGCGCUUCACUGUGGUCCUGUUAAGUCUGCGACUCCUCGCCAAGUUCCUGGGGUUUCUUGUUUUCUUGCCAUAUCGCACUGUGGAGCAGCCAACUAGAGACUUGCAAGAUUCUGCAUUAGCAUUAAGAAACCAAACCCUGCCUAUACUGGAUAUAUUGAAGCUUCUGAGACAGUCUGUUCGGGAUCAACGUUCUAUCCUUACUAUUCCUUGGAUUGUGGAGUACCUUUCUCUUGUGGAUCAUAUUGCUCCUUUCCUGGAUUACUACAGGAAAGUAUUUGGUCUCUUGCUGCAGGUAUACAGGUAGGAGACUGGGAAAAUAUAUAUAUUAAAAACUUUGCUGUGAAUAUUUGAUUAUAUAGUUGAGGUACUUGAUGUUUGAGAAUGCAUGCUGGCACUAGU